AUAUUAUUCAAGAAGUUUUCGGUUGAAUUCAUAUUGAACAUUGAUAAAUCUUAGGUGUUGGACACAAAUAGUAAAGAAAAUUCGUGCGUUAUGUAAUAUAUAAAUAGGAUAAAUCCAAAAGGCCUUCAAUAUCGACUUGUUUGACCUGGAAAGAUGGUUGUGCAACUGUCGGAACAGUCCACAUCAUCGUUGCCAGCAUCAGAGGAGCCCAACGUCUCCAAGGUACCAGCUUUGGAAACUGCAACAGUGAGUCGAGAAAUUAGUAGAGCUGGCUUUAUUGUCUCCAGCUCCAGCUCAAGUCUAAGAUCUAGAUCAAGAUCGAGUUCUGAGCUCUGGGCGAAUUGUGUUGCCAGUAUCUUGAGUCGGACCGACGAACUGGGCCAGUACGUGAGUCAGUUCCUCGCCUUUUUGGCGUCCAAGUUGACCCUGCUCUUCUUCAACUCGGAGAGAUUCAUCUACAAAGAGGCACCCCUGUCGGCAGAAUCCACAAGGCAGCUGCAGCUCGUGUCACGCAAGAUCCUUGUCCUGGAUCUGGAUGAAACGCUUGUCCACUCGUGCUAUGUUGAUCCGGAAUCGAAUGAGAUCGUUGGGUGCAACUUUGUGCCCCCGACAGCUGUGCCCGACUAUGUGAUGAGCAUCCCGAUAGUCGCCAGUCUGAAUCCGAUUGAGUUCCAGGUCUACAAGCGACCCCAUGUUGAUCAAUUCCUCGACUUUGUGAGCAAGUGGUAUGACGUGGUCAUCUACACCGCCAGCAUGGAGUCCUAUGCCUCAACUGUCGUGGACAAAUUGGAUGCAGGGCGUGGGAUUUUCCAACGUCGUUUCUAUCGACAGCAUUGCACCUCGGCAACAAACUUCGUUAGCAAGAAUCUGUAUAUGGUCGAUCGGGAUUUGACCCGUGUCUUUAUUAUCGAUAACUCGCCGACUGCCUAUCGCGAUUUCCCACAGAAUGCCAUACCCAUCAAGACCUAUAUCUAUGAUCCCGCUGAUGAGGAGCUUCUGAAUCUGCUUCCCUUCCUCGACGCCCUUCGCUUCACAAAGGAUGUUCGCAGCAUUCUCGGCCGCCGUGUGAGCAUUUGAAUGUAUUCGACUAUUUCGAGUAAUUUGUAAGCCAUAUUGUCACAGUCAUAUCUAAUAAAAGUCUUCCUAGAGACCCUCGGGUCCGAAAUAAAAAU